AUGGUUCUUCUCAAGAGCUUCGUGCUCUCUGGCCUUGUCGCCGUCGCCGCUGCCGGCUCCGCCGUGCUCGACCUGAUCCCCGAGAACUUCGACAAGGUCGUCUUCGAGUCCGGAAAGCCCACACUCGUCGAGUUCUUCGCCCCGUGGUGUGGUCACUGCAAGACUCUUGCUCCCGUCUACGAGGAGCUCGCCCAGGUUUUCUCCAACUCAAAGGAUGUACAGAUUGCCAAGGUCGAUGCCGACGCCGAGAAGGCUCUCGGCCGCAAGUAUGGUGUUCAGGGUUUCCCCACACUCAAGUGGUUCGACGGCAAGAACAAGGAACCCAAGGACUACAAGGGCGGUCGGGACCUCGAGAGCUUGAAGCAGUUCGUCUCGGAGAACGCUGGUGUCAAGGUCAAGAGAAAGCUCGAGCUGCCAAGCGAAGUCAACUUCCUCACCGAUAAGACCUUCUCCGAGACUGUUGGUGGCGACAAGAACGUUCUGGUCGCUUUCACCGCUCCGUGGUGUGGACACUGCAAGACGCUUGCUCCGACUUGGGAGACUCUCGCCCGCGACUUCGUCAACGAGCCCGACGUCGUCAUUGCCAAGGUUGAUGCCGAAGCCGACAACAGCAAGGCCACCGCCCAGGAGCAGGGUGUCACCUCAUACCCCACCAUCAAGUACUUCCCCAAGGGCUCCAAGCAGGGCGAGCUCUACUCGGGAGGCCGUGCCGAGAAAGAUCUGAUUGAGUUCAUCAACGAGAAGGCAGGCACUCACCGUGUCGUCGGCGGUGGUCUUGACGCCACUGCUGGCACCAUUGAGGCCCUCAACAACAUUGCCAAGCAGUUUGCCGUUGAUGGCUCCAAGCUUUCUGAACUGGCUGAGGAGGCGAAGCGCGUCGCUGGCGAGCUCUCCGAACAAUCUGCCUACAAGUACGCCCAGUACUACAUCCGCGUCUUUGACAAGCUGUCUCAGAACGAGGGCUACGUGGCCAAGGAGGCGGCGCGCCUGGACGGCCUCAUCAAGAAGGGCGGCCUUGCUCCGUCCAAGCUGGACGAGCUCCAGAGCAAGUCCAACAUUCUGUCCCAGUACGUCCAGGCUGUUGUGGACAAGGUCACUGGUAAGGACGAGUUGUAA